UAUAUUGUAAGAAUUUUUACAUCUAUAAAUUAAUCGUAUUUUUCAUCUAUUUAUUCAGUAUGCGACUAACAAUUUGUUUUCUGUUUAUUCAAAAUAUAUUUUAUAACAAAGCCAUGGUAGGAGAAAAUGUAAGACGAGCAGUAGAUCAAGAAUUUCCAUAUAUUGUAUCUAUUAAGGUUAUAAAUAAUCUGAACCGUGAACCAGAAAGUGAUCAUGGAUGCGCAGGAAUAAUUCUUUCGCCAAAAGAUAUUUUAACCGUAGCUCAUUGUCUCGAUGGUGUUUUAAUGAUAAAAAUUGAAGUAAUUGUUGGAUCAGUUGAUAUAAGACAGGGUACAAAAUACCAACCUAACGAAUUUAUAACUUACAAUUCGUGGGCUAAAAAUAAUAACAAAGCUUUAAUACAAACCGAUAACGAUAUUGCUGUUCUAAAGUGUAAAUUAUCUGGCUUUUAA